UGAUGCAUCUCCCGGGAGCGUUCUACCGGUCGGUGGAGCAGGAAGUGUCGUCAGGAGGCCAUUUUUAAAGCCUCCUUCGGCCUCGGAGGGCUGUUCGUGCUGGGCUCGCUGCCCCCGGGUUCUGAGUGCCAGGGCCUGGAGCACAGACUGGAUGGGCCUGGGUGCCUGAGAAGACCAGCAAGAGCCCCUGCGACCUGCCCUGCUUUGGACUCACAUCCACAGCUUGCCGGCUCCAGGCCAGAAGUCGGAACAGUGCCCAGCACAGCAGAUGCUGUGACCUCGGUGCCCAGGUCACACAGCGGGUAGCAGAAAGCACAGGAUUUCCAUUAGACACCAGCUGACCAAGUCCUUGACCUUAGAAAAGCCACAGCUUCUCCAGGCGGGUUCUCUUCCAGGAAGCAGUGUUGCCUGGAAUAGCAGAGAAUUGGAAACAGUCAUAUCUGAGGACCAUGCAUCUAUGUUGUGGUAUUUAAAAAAGAUAACUCAGUAUGCUCCCCGGAAGGAACCACGUGUCUGCCAAUCAGAGUUCGUUGAAUGCUGCCUGCGAAGGAUUCAGUCAUGUGAAGUCUGCCUGGAUCCCAGUGGACUGUGUUUGGAAAUGCAGCUAAGAAGAUGAAGGACAUUGGACAGCAGUUAUUCAGUUCACAAGUACUUGAUGGACACAACUCUUUGACCAUGUCGCCUAGACAACCUCAUGCUAAUAGAGCCACUCGGCCAGACAGACAAGAAGCUCAGACGGCUUUGUAUCAAGGCUCAGAGGCCGAGGCCGCCAUGAUGACCACGGCCACGUGUGUGAAGUGCAAGACUGUUCACCAGAUCCCUCUUCAGGAUUUGAAAAAGGGGCCAGGGCAGAGCCACAAGGAAGACAGAUACGUGUGUUUCCAGUGCAGCCUUGGAGUGGCUUCUCCCCACUUCCCUUUCGGGAACAGUGAUCCCGGUGCUGCUCACGUAGGAAAUAAAGCCGACACCAUCGCAAGUUCUGGCAAUAACAAAUUUAAGGUAAGGAACUUUAAGCCAGGCAAAUACUAUUGUGAUAAAUGUCGCUUUUCCACGAAGGACCCUCUGCAGUACAGGAAGCACACGCUUCAGCACGAAGAGAUCAAGUUCAUUUGUUCUCACUGCAGCCACAUUUCCUACACGAAGGGGGAGUUUCAGAGACACUUGGUGAAGCACACAGGCAUCUUCCCUUACCGAUGUGAGUACUGUGAUUAUGGUGCUAUUAGGAACGAUUAUAUUGUCAAGCACAGGAAGAGAGUUCACGAGAGAGCUGGCGGAAAACGACAGCCCAAAGCCGUGGCCAAGCCGGAGCCGAAAAGGACCAGCGCAUCAAAACAAAACGCAGAGCUUUUCAAGACCUCCGAUCCGGGCACCACGCUGCAAAGCAAGUUACCAGAUCAGCUCUCGAGGUUUUCCCUCCAGACAAAAGACAGAGUGCGCAGCAUCACACUGGUGCCCGAGGCGAAGGAGCACCAAAAAGACGUGGUGUGUAUUCCAAACAAAGGGACCCUGUUGGAGCCAAAUGAAGUCAGCGUGUUGGAGAACAAAAGCGUGGAGGUGGAAGUGUUAUCCCCGGCCACAGAGCCCGUUCAGCCCGGAAUGCCCUUGACUGUGGUGGCGCCAGCAGAGCUCGUGGUCCCUGCCAACUGUUUAGCGCAGUUGAUAGAUGUGAAGGUUGUCAACGGAACACAGCAGCUUGUUCUGAAACUGUUUCCUUUGGAAGAAAAUAAUUGCCUAGAAACUGGUGGGGGUGAUGGAGGUCAUUCUGAACAUAGGAUUAAAGAGAAGGGUUCAGAUGAACAAGGAAAAAUGCUCCCUGCAGAACAAACUAAGUCAGUGACAACUGAAGGGGGUGUUGGAGAACCUUUAGGCCCUGAUUGCCUUCAGUCAGUUCAGAAACAAGUUAAAAAUGUGAAAUGGGUACAGUCUUACGAUGUGUUCAUGUCAAAUUCUAGUGUGUACCCCUGUAGAGAAUCCCUCCUCAAGUCGGCUAGAGUUGAGGAUUUGCAGAAAAAAAGUCAUAUGUAUCCACAUAGAACUGCUCUUCCUCCCAUUGCCUUAAAAGGUCACUCCCCAUCAUCUAUAGUGAAAAACAGUGUUUUAUGUGGCCUUGGCACUGCCCCAAAUCCUUUUCCAUAUAAAGCUGCUGUUUCUUUUACUGAAGAUGGAAGGCAUUUGCACAGGGACCCCCAGAAGUUUCUUCCUCUGGCUGCAUCACCUGCAGCCAUUUCCUUCUCUGGAGAAAAGGGCUUUUUGCCUAUAAGUAAAAAUGACUUGGAAUCUAGAAGUGAGAUCAGUAUUCCUAUGAGAAUGGUUGCAUCUACUAGGAAGGUGAAAGACAACCAGACAGAGGAAUAUAAGGCAGUUUCAAAUACAGGCCAGAUUUCCUCUCAUCGUAAAAGUGAAUAUUUACACAUAAACAUAACAGGAGAAGACAGAAUCAGAUCUCAGCAGCCUGGGGAUAAACCUUUGGAGUUAAAGAAUUCUGAAAGGACUAAUAACUCUUUCAAUGGCCCAGUCAUUUCAUCAGUAUUUUCUCUGAGCUCCGGAUCUGAAGACGUCCCUGAGGGCGUUAAGUGGAAUAGCUCAACAUCCAAAAUAAAGUCAAUUGAACUCCUGCGCAGAAAGAUUGCUCAGUUAAUUGAAUCCUGUGGCAAGCCUUCAUCUCUGGCUGCCAAUAAUGCACAUCGUCGUUCCGUAGGGCAGGCAUCAAAGGUAACUUCAAAAUCCACCCCUGAAGGUAUUCGAGAAAUUAAUGUGUCAUUUACUGGCACUGGCUAUGCCACGCACACUCUCUCAAAACCUCAGGAUGACAGUGGUAUUAGUAGACAGCUUACCCGUCAGCAGAUAUAUCCACAGUUUGUAGAAGACAGCAAUGGGAAAACCGAAAGCCAAGUAACCAGGAAGUCUCAUGUUGCUACUCCAGUGUUGAUCCCUAAAGGAGCCGUGUUGAGGGUUCUUAAUUCCUCUGAGGAUGCCCACAUUAUAGAGGCUACAUGUGAAGCACCCGUCAGCAUCCCUUACAGUGAGACACAGUUAAUAAAACCCAUUCCAUUCUGCCCCAUGAAACAGACAGAUUCAGACUUACAGUCUUCAACAAGUGAAAGUGGGCCAAUAGACAUGUCUCAGAACCUCGACACAUCUCUUCGGCCUAAACCAAGAAAAGAGAGUGCUGUUGGUAGCACCAUCCCGAAAAAAACUGGCCCUCAGCAAGGAAGCAGUGAAUUGAGUAAGCAAGGGAAAGUGCCCUACAGAAAUCUUCCUAUAAAUAAAAAUAAAACCAAGCAAGUAAAUUCAUCCAAGAAGAAAAGCAAAAUUCAGGCUGACCCCAGCCUCUGUCUCAAGGAUCCUUCAAUUUUUCAGGUUGCAAGACAGCUUCGACUGAUAGCAGUUAAACCGGACCAGUUGAUUAAAUGCCCCCGUCGGAACCAGCCCGUCAUUGUGUUAAACCAUCCUGAUGUUGACUCACCGGAAGUGACCAAUGUGAUGAAGGUAAUAAACAAGUACAAAGGCAAUGUCCUCAAAGUCGUCUUAUCGGAGAGGACCAGGUGUCAAUUAGGCAUCAGACGGCAUCAUGUGCGGCUGACCUACCAGAACGUGGAGGAAGCCAAUCAAAUAAAAAGGCAAAUGAUGUUGAAAAUGAAACUUAAAAAAGUCCAUAAAAACAACUACCAGGUGGUGGAUUCCUUGCCUGAUGAUUCACAGUGUACAUUUAAGUGCUGGUUUUGCGGACGGCUGUACGAAGACCAGGAAGAGUGGAUGAGUCAUGGUCAGCGGCAUUUGAUAGAAGCAACCAGGGAUUGGGAUGUUCUUUCUUCCAAGGGCAAAUAAGUGAAAAAUUGGUGUUUGAAGCAAUUUUUUUUUUUUAGUUUAUUCUGGUUAGGGUUGGGUUUGUUGUUUUCCCCCAUCCCUGACUCAGUAGGAGAAAUAGAGAUUGUAGGAACGGAAGGACCGUUAAUUGUUCAGAUCCCUUGUAGGAAUGUUGAGAACCAGGCAUCUGGUGUCCCCUGAUAUGUGACUGGAACUUGGAAGGUAUUUGAAACCCCUGAAAGAGUAUGCACACAUUUAUGUACGUGCAUUUUUUUGGAGAAGUGAAACUUUCAACAAAUUUUCAGUGGGAUCUGAGACCUUUCUGUUUAGCACCCCUGUUUCUGUGCGGAUACAAACCUCUUGUCAUCCAGUGAGAGGGUGAGUUUAGAGUGUCUUACACAUGCUACUGAUCAAUUAAACCCAUGGUCGGUGUGCUCAUCCAUUUUUUCUUUGCAUUAACUUGUCUCCUGAAUAUUUGGUACAUAAUGGAAAUUAUAUUUUCUACUGUUAUCUUAAAUUUGGUUACAGAAAAGUGGCCAUUCUUUUCGAUCCCUCACCCCUUCUAUAAUCCUCGGAAGUGUUCUUUACAGCACAGAGAACUGUGCUUCUUGGGACUGUCUGAAAGAAUGAUUGUAAAGUUUUGCCUGAAUUUGCUACUUUCACAGCGUGUUAGGGGAGAAAGAAAACAUUUUCAAGCUUUUGCAUUCUUUCUUAAACAUCCCAAUUUAUGACAAUUGGUGAGGGAAUGUGCCUUUUUGCAAAAUAAAAAAGAAAUGGUCACAAAGGGAAAAUAUCUCAAAUUAAGUCUUUUAUUUGUCCUUACCCCUCUCAUAAACAAAGUAACCAGUUAAAAAUGUGAAUAUGCAGGUCUCUUACACGUAGAUGGAACCUGGGAAGAUAAUACAAGGUCAGAUUGUGGAGGCAGCUGUGACUUUAAGGUGACUGAGUUUUUGUUUGGGGACUAACUCUCCAUCCAUCACUCAGGGCUCACAGACACUGCCCUCCACCCCAGGUCGCAGCCGACUCUCCUUUGCCACUUAUUCCACAGGGGUGCCUGUUCAGACAACUCCCCACUCACCUCCUGUCCCUUUCCUUUUGUGCCCUGGAGGCCCCUUAAAGUCGUCCCUUGUGAAAAUACUAAAAAAGGGCAGGAA